CAUCAAUUCUGAAAUUCGCCGACAAAGUCAGAAAAAUAUCAAAAAUAUUGUAGAAAGAAACAAAAGUUCAUUUUCCAAACUAAUUUUUUAAUUAAAUCCCUGAAAGCGGGCAGAUAACCGGAUGUUUAGUUAAAAGUGAACUAGUGAAAGAAAGUGGAAAGUCAUUUGCAUAGCAAAGGGCUAUUGACGACGUUCACGACGUUGACAUUAGCGACUGCAAAACCAGAUCAACAACGGUAAUAAACGACGUUGACAGCACUUUUGUUCUCUGUGCGUAAAACCAACAAAAUUAUGGGGAUCAACGUCAGCAGGCAAGCUAAUCUCUCGGAGAAUGAACUUCUACAGCGUUUCGUUGGACGUGGACACAUUGCUCCAGAUGUCGAAUCUUAUUGGAGUGGACUUUUGAACUAUCACAUAACAAUACCGGAAGAUAGCCAAGACCAGUUAAACUUGGACUCACGUUUGGAGACCCUUUGUCAAUCUUUCAUAAGUAACAACUUAAAGACAGGAAAUUUGGGUUCGUUGGUAACCGUUUUUCUACUCAAAGCAUCUGAAUUGCUCUCGUUGUCAGAUAAGGAAAGUAAUGUGCACAUAUGGCAGACAUUUAAUGCACUCUUCAUUAUACGAACGUUAAUUAAGUAUAUAAUUGAGACUGGGUCUGAGUUCCAGUUGUUACAACAUUUUGAAGCCAUACCAAAUGCAGAGCUGUUGCGGGCGGAAGCCGAAGCAGGCGCAGGCGCUCAUACUGACGGUGCUACUACAAUCGCUGUUGAGGCGACCGAAGAUGGUGUUGGAAAUAUGCUUGCUAGAGCAGCAGUGAUCGUAGACGGCGCAAAAUUUGAAACGUUCAUUGAUGCACUUGUUAAUAUAAUUGUAGUGAUUCCAGUCAAGGAAUUCACAUAUCAUUUGCAUUUGGAAGUUGUGAAUACCUUCAUCACGUUGCUAUCCGUACAUCUCUUCACCGAACAACCCACAGAUAAAUCAAUAAUUUUUAGAACUAUAUUCAAAUGUCAGCAUGCAAACGUGCUUGUUUCUUCGCUGCUACAUUUUGUAGCUCGAAUGGUAGAGGUACCUCACACCAUGUUCGGUUCUUCAUCGUCUGGCUCCUUCGUUUUCGGAAUCGCUGAAUCCUUGCUAUCGAUUUUCACUUUUCGCAAACAACAGGAUGUAUUGAAAGCAACUGGCGUCACUGGCGUUGAACUUUCGCAACAGUUUCGGGAUCACUAUCCGCUUGCCAAUCAAAGUCUUCUCCUCAUUCUUAUACUAACAAAUCACUGCACCACGAAGGAUAACCCUUAUCGUGCUAGUUUAUUCAACUGUGCUGAUUCGAAAGACUCACCAAAAGAUGGCGCUUCCUUUCAAAUCGACUUUUCUUCGGUUUACGAAACUUUAUGCCGCAUUGUGACCAUCGACCAGGCAACGUUGUUACUUUAUCUCUUGCUACAUCGAAAUGAUCGUUUCUAUCGUUUUGUAAUGGCGCAAAAUGAUUUGGAGAACUUGGUUAUACCAAUAUUGCAGACAUUGUAUCAUGCACCGGAUAGUACCUCUCAUCACAUCUAUAUGUCACUCAUUGUGCUGCUUAUAUUGAGCGAGGAUGAUAGUUUUAAUAAAAACGUGCAUAAUAUUAUGCUUAAAAAUAUCCAUUGGUACACAGAGCGCACCAUAUCGGAAAUAUCACUAGGCGGCCUACUCAUAUUGGUUGUAAUACGUACCAUACAAUAUAAUAUGUUGAAAAUGCGCGAUAAAUAUUUGCAUACAAAUUGUUUGGCUGCGCUGGCGAAUAUGUCUGGACAAUUUCGCGCACUACAUCCAUAUGUAGCGCAACGACUGAUUUCUCUGUUCGAAACAUUAGCGCGCAAGCAUACCCGUCUUGAUGCACAGUUAAAGGAGCCUGUCAAUAAUGCAGUUUCCGUAAAUGUGACCACAACACCCGAGGAUAUGCUACAAGAUCUCACCGUACUCGAGGAGGUGCUGCGAAUGGUGUUGGAAAUAUUGAACUCCUGUCUAUCCAAUCAAUUGGUUUACUGUCCGAACCUCGUGUACACACUACUAUAUAAGCGCAGUGUUUUCGAAAGCUUCCGAAGUCAUCAUGCUUUUCAAGACAUAAUACAAAAUAUUGAUAUGGUUGUUGGCUUCUUUUCAUCGCGUUUGCAGCGUGUGCAAGAGCAACGCGGUGAAUUGGGAGUUAGUGAGGUGUUCGAGGUGAUAUCCAAGGGUGCUAGCCAGUGGUCCAGUGAUCGCCUGCGGAAAUUCCCAGACCUGAAAUUCAAAUAUGUGGAGGAGGAUGCGCCUGAAGAAUUUUUCAUUCCAUACGUCUGGACCUUGGUGUGCAAAUACGGUUGCGUGCACUUUAGUUCCGAAAGUAUUAAAGGUGUGACCACAGAGAUACAAUGCUAAUACGAUAGGCCCACAAACGAGAGUAACACUUAGCAGAGGCAACACUUGCGAUACACCUAUUGUGAGAAGAGUUUUUGUAGAAGGGAGAUGCAAUUGGUAAUGAUGAUUACGAUAGUAAUAGUUUUGAUGAAAAGGGCUAGAAUCAGCUUAGUGUAGUAUAACUUAGCGUAAGUCGACUAAUUCCAUCUAAUUCGUUUUUGUGCUCGCGUCUCGGUUCCUCAUUUCUACGAACAUACGCCAUUUUAAAUGUUUUGAAAAUAAAAAAUGGGAAAAAUAAA